GCGCCCAUGCCGGGCAGAGAAGCGCCGCUAACACCCCUCCCCUGCGGGCACCGAGUGCCACCCGGGGCCGAGCUGCGGCCUUGCCUCCUUCUGUCCCCUUCUGGGGCUCGGGGACGGUCGCAGGGACCCGGGCUGAGAGCGAUGCGGGCCCGAGCGGGCACCCGGCGGCUGCCGCGCACCCCGGGGGCGCUGCAGCAUCCCCCGCCGCUCCUGCCCUCCUCCUGCCGCUCUCCUCCUCCUCCUCCUCCUCCCCCCGGAAAGCAGCCCGGCCCACCGCCGCCGGAACAAAAGGGGCGGCCGAAGGUGGCGGCGUGGCCGCGCCCGCUGCUCCCGCCGCUCCGCCACCAUGUCCGCCAGCGGCGGCAGCUCCCCCGGCAAUGCCGUGAAGAAGCGGAGCCCCGCCGGCUCGGCCGCCUCGCUGCCGCAGGAGGAGGAGAAGCAGGCGAGGGAGAAGAUGCUGGAAGGGGCGCAGGAAAACGGCUGCGCCCGCUCGCCGUCGCCCUGCGGCUCGGCGGAGGGGGUGACCCUGAAGCGGAACAUCACGCUGCUGAACGGCGUGGCCAUCAUCGUGGGCACCAUCAUCGGCUCCGGCAUCUUCGUCACCCCCACGGGCGUGCUGCGGGAGGCCGGCUCGCCGGGGCUCUCGCUCGUGGUCUGGGCCGUGUGCGGCGCCUUCUCCAUCGUGGGCGCGCUGUGCUACGCCGAGCUCGGCACCACCAUCACCAAGUCCGGCGGGGACUACGCCUACAUGCUGGAGGUGUACGGCUCCCUGCCCGCCUUCCUCAAGCUCUGGAUAGAGCUGCUCAUCAUCCGGCCCUCCUCGCAGUAUAUCGUGGCUCUGGUGUUCGCCACCUACCUGCUCAAGCCCAUCUUCCCCACCUGCCCCGUGCCCGACGAGGCUGCCAAGCUGGUGGCCUGUCUGUGUGUCCUGCUGCUGACGGCUGUGAACUGCUACAGUGUCAAAGCUGCCACCCGUGUGCAGGACGCCUUUGCUGCGGCCAAGCUGCUGGCGCUGGCUCUCAUCAUCAUCCUGGGCUUCGUGCAGCUGGCAAAGGGUGAUGUGGAAAACCUGACCCCUGAGAAAUCCUUCGAGGGCACCAAGGUGGGCGUUGGGAACAUCGUGCUGGCUCUGUACAGCGGCCUCUUUGCCUAUGGAGGAUGGAAUUACUUGAAUUUUGUGACAGAAGAGAUGAUAAAUCCCUACAGAAACCUGCCCCUGGCUAUCAUCAUCUCCCUGCCUGUCGUCACCCUGGUGUAUGUGCUGACCAACCUGGCUUACUUCACCACGCUGAGCACCGAGCAGAUGCUGACGUCCGAGGCCGUGGCCGUGGAUUUUGGGAACUACCACCUCGGUGUCAUGUCCUGGAUCAUCCCUGUCUUUGUUGGGCUCUCGUGCUUUGGGUCUGUCAAUGGAUCUCUUUUCACUUCUUCCCGGCUGUUCUUCGUGGGAUCCCGAGAGGGGCACCUGCCUUCCAUCCUGUCCAUGAUCCACCCCCGGCUGCUCACCCCCGUCCCGUCCCUCGUGUUCACGUGUGUCAUGACCCUGCUCUAUGCCUUCUCCAACAACAUCUUCUCAGUCAUCAACUUCUUCAGCUUCUUCAACUGGCUGUGCGUGGCCCUGGCCAUCAUCGGGAUGAUGUGGCUGCGCUACAAGAAGCCAGAGCUGGAGAGGCCCAUCAAGGUGAACAUCUGCCUGCCCAUCUUCUUCAUCCUGGCCUGCCUGUUCCUCAUCGCCGUUUCCUUCUGGAUGACGCCCAAGGAGUGUGGGAUCGGCUUUGCCAUCAUCCUCAGUGGGAUCCCCAUUUACUUCUUCGGGGUCUGGUGGCAAAACAAGCCCAAGUGGGUUCUCCAAGGCAUCUUCUCCACCACCGUGCUGUGCCAGAAGCUGAUGGAAGUGGUUCCUCAGGAAUCCUAGGCAGGACAAGCAGGGACUCUGAGCUCGAGGAAACGCACAAGGUUAUUCUGAGAUGACACAAGGAUCCGACCCCUCACUCCCCAGUCCCAGGCACCGGAGCUGCCUCCUGCUGCCACCACUGCCCCGAGGCUGUGCUCACCUCCUGCAGCCCCUCCCGCCCCUCCCAGCCCUGCAGAGCAGCCAGGAGAAGUCCUUGGUACGAGCCAGGAGGAGGAAUUCCAAAGGGCACUUCCAGGGGGGUGCUGCCUGUGCCCUCUGUGUGUGUGAGGGCUGUGCUUGGCUCUGGGGGGCUCCUUGGCUUUGGCUCUGGGAUCUGCUGGAGCCUGGUUUGAGUGUUCAGAGUGCCUGGGGGCAGCUGGGGCUGCCACAGAGCCCUGGGGGGUCCUGAGCUGCCUUACCUGGCCCAGGUGGGGGUGGGAAGCAGAGGCUGGCUGAUGUUGGCUCACUCCCCCAAACUCACACUCCCAUGUGCUGCUGGACACUGGAUGUGGGGGUGCCUCCUCUGAGUGUCCUGUGCUCCUCACCCAGGGCCCUGCCACCCUUUGGAUUAGGAUCACCACUCUCAGAUCCAAGCCAGCUCCCUGCUGCUGAGCCCGUCCUCCAGGAUGCUCUUCCCCACAGUGCCCAUCCCUGGCAAUGAGCACUGGGGGACGAGUUCCUGCUGGGACAGCCAGGAGCUGCAGGCAGCGGAAGGCCAAGUCCUUGGCUUGCUCAUUCCAUGCUUUCCUGUGCCAGGCUUUCAUCCAGCAUGGGAUGAGCAGCUCUGUGCUCUCUCUCCUCAUGGCCCUGCUCAGGGAGCCAUGUUUGCCCCUAAACCACUUGCAGAGAGAAAUAAGGGGGAGGAUUGCCCUGGCACAUUCCCUGGGGUCUCUCCGUGCACUGCCUGGCGCUGUCCCCUUUGUCCUGCUGUGUUUCCUCUGGAAUGUGCCAUGAGAUGGGACCAACUGGCUCUGGGCUGUGGAGAAGGGCAGAUGUCCUGGCUGGCUGCAGGGAUAAUGGAAUGGUUGGGUGGGAAGGGACCUUACAUCCCAUCCAGUGCCACCCCUGCCAUGGCAGGGACACCUUCCACUGUCCCAGGCUGCUCCAAGCCCUGUCCAGCCUGGCCUUGGGCACUGCCAAGGAUCCAGGGGCAGCCACAUCUUCUCUGAACACCCUGUGCCAGGGCCUCCCCACCUCUGAGUAAUGAAAGUGAGCUCUGCUCUAAGGAGCAGGGCCUGGGCCUGAUCCUCCUCCGUGCAUCCGGUGUGGCUUGAUGAGAUCCCAGCACCACCCUCUUGCUCCAGGAGUGACCCCUGAGCACAGUCCAUGAUCUCCAUGUGAAAUCCUGGUUUGCUGCCGUGGGUGGUGCCAUCCCAUCCCUGAGCACCCCAGAAUUCCUGUAGUUCCCGAGUAGUCAGCACUGUCCCCUGAGGGACACGUUGCUUUCUCUGGUCCAAAGUGUCACCUUUUGGAAAGCUGCAGCUCCUGAACCAUUUGCUCAUCGUGCCUCUGUGCUCUGACAUCACCUGGAAUUCUCUUUUCCCCACUGGAGCUGCUUUGCUGUCUCUGUUGCAGAUCUUUGUGCUCGUGCUUUGUGCAGGUGGCUUGGUGAACUGUUCCCCAUUUUUUUUUUAAAUCUUGGCUGUUGGGAAGCCAGGAUGCUGCAGGAGCUGUCGCUUCCCACUGGAUUCUCCUUGUAGCAGAGUUCUUUGGGGUGAAGGGGCAUUAAGGACACCAUGGUACUCACCCAGGCUUUGUCCUGGGAAGUUGUGCAGUGCUGCAGGUGUGUUGGGGUAGGGGCAGCUCCUGCCCAGCUGGCUGGCCGUGUCCAGGUGCAGCUCCACACUCCCACUUUGCCAGCCCCGUGUCCUGCUCUGAGACAAUCAGCUCUUUAUUCCAUGGCAGCUGGGGUGGAGAUUCAAAUCAGCUCAGUGACAGUGUGGAGAUGCCUAAUCCAGCCCAGUGACAGGGUGGAGAUUCCCAAUCCAGCUCAGUGACAGUGUGGAGAUUCCCAGUCCAGCCCAGUGACAGGGUGGAGAUUCCCAGUGACAGGGUGGAGAUUCCCAAUCCAGCUCAGUGACAGUGUGGACAUUCCCAGUGACAAGUGUGGAGAUUCCCAGUCCAGCUCAGUGACUGUGGACAUUCCCAGUGACAGCGAGGAGAUUCCCAGUGACAGUGUGGACAUUCCCAAUCCAGCUCUCUGGGAGCUGAGUUAAUCCAUGAGGAUUUGCAGCUGCUUUGGGAAUAUCCAGAGGGCAGACCCCAAGGUUUCUGGCCAGUGCAAUGAGUUGAGCGUCUCAGAUCUGAUGCCUGUGCAGAGGCUUUGGUAUAAAUAAGGUCAUGAAUCACAAAAUCUGAACUUGAGCUUUGGCUUCUUCCAGCUGAAGGCUGAGAUGGUUUUGAGCAGUGAUGGGAAUCACUGCUCCUACUGGACCUGCUCCGUGGAGAGGGGACCUCAGUCUGUCCUGUAGGUUUUUUUGGCUGUGAGGUCUCAGGGCAGUUCCUGCAGGGCCUGGGUUCAGUGUGGGGGCUCUCAGUGCCAAAAGCCACCAGCAGAAUUCCUUGGGGUGCAAAGCAAAGGCAUUGGAAUCU